AAACAAAACCUAAACCCCAACUCAAAAAAACACAGCCAAUCUCAUUUCCCCUCAAAUCCAACAAAAUGUCCACCGCAACCACCGUCCGCUCCGCCGCCCGCACAACCCGGCGGCUCCUCUCAACCACAGCUGAAAUCAGCCACCACAACACCCACCAAGAAACCCACAAAUACCUAGAAUCAAACAAAUUCAUCGGCAGCUGGGAAACACCGAGAAACCCUAAAGAAGCGGAGGCAAAGCUAGCAAUGUUGCGUAGAGAAUACGCAAAGCAAGUGAAAGAAGUGAGAAAAGAAUACAUUAAAGAAAUGGAAUUAAUGCGAAUCGAAAAGGAGCGAAAAGAUGAAGCUAAAAAAGAAGCGCUUCGAAUUGCUAAUGAAGAGCGGAAGAAAUUGAAAGCUGAAGCUGCUAAACUUAAAGCUCAAGAACGACAGAUUGCUCAGCAAGAGUUUCGUCAAUUGCUGUUAAAAGAAAGAGCACAGAAACUUGAAAGUUGGAGGAUGAAAGAGAGAAUGAGGGAGGAGAAGAAGACGGAGAUCGGUAAUCUUUUGCGUCGGCAAAGUUCCUUAUGGAUUGACGAUAAUGAAGUAGAGCGGAAGAUAAUUGAUGCCCUAGUUGAUUCCGCACCACUCUGAGUUCCUUUCAAGAUAAAGGCGAAACAUAACUAGGACUUGGUCGAUUCUAAAGAACAUAUUAAAUUACAUGGGUAAUUCUGGUUCUUGAUCAAUAAUAGUUCGUGUUUUGUUCUGAUAUUAAUAGUAUGAUGAGUUUUUUUCUUAGUGAAAUAGAUCUAUUAGAAAUGUUUCCUUUUGUUCACGUAGGUCCAAUUUGAAUUCUUACAUUUCACUUUGAAAUUGAGUUGCUGUCUAAAUUGCUACAAUUCCUGUUAUGAGAAAUCAACUGUGAGUUGAAAUGAUACCCAUUCAA